AUGGACGAAAGACAGGAGAACAAUCUGUUCGCUGUGGUGACUGGAUUGGGUGCGUACAAGAUGACACCCGAGGCCGUCAAGGAGUUUACCAGAGGCGAAGAAGCUCUGGAGUGCUUGCAAGAGAUCAAGAAGUAUCUGCGACUGGACCAUCCCGAAACAGCACCAAUCCUGAGCCGGCUGGCCGAUUGGAAUAUCGUCAAGUCACAUCUGGUGCCAUUGAUCAGUCGAUGUCAGCGUGGCGAAGACGAUAAGCUGGUAUACAAUUGCCUACAGCUGCUGAACUUGCUGACAUUGGCACCGUCUCCGAUUCUGCAAGCGGAUGUCAUCAAUCAGUUGACGAUGAAUAUCCAACGAUCCAAGGAUGCAUUCACUGGGUCUGCGAUCUGGAGUGUGCUAGCCGAUUACAUGGGCGAGACACUCGCCGAAACCCCCAAGAAACGCGAGAAACGCGACGAGAAAACGGUGGAGAUGAUUACUGCGCUCAUGCGCAAUGUGCUGUCUAUGGCCGACAUGCCCGGCCUGAGUUCGCAUGACACCAUCAUCAAGCACCUCGCAGACACGCAUAUCCUGGAUAUCUUGCUUUUAAUGGGCAACAACGUCGCUGAGGAUUCGCUGGCUGGAUCCCACAAUCUGUUUCUGCUGGAGGUGACCUUCCUGCUGCUGCAGUAUCAGAAGCCCGAGUCGUUGUUGGACGCCAUGACUGUGGACAAGCGCGUGGUCAAUGAACGGGCGAGGGCCAUGAAGGAAAAGGAAGACGAAACCAAGAAAAAGGACCGCCAAACCGCCCAGCUGGCGAGUAGGCGUGCGCGAAUGGGGUCCAUGUACACCAUGGUAACCAAGGUAACCGGGAAGGAUGCAGUCAACCAUACGACUGUCGGUGCCGAUCUUACCGCCACUACCUCUGCUGGUUCUCUCAAAAACCGAACGCUCAAGCACACGUUCCUGGGGGGAUAUAAUCAGCUGCAUCACGGCACUAUUACCAGUGAUUCUGCGAAAGUGGCCAAGCUCAAGACGAAGGCACGCGAUUACGAAUUUGCUCAGACUCAGAAGGAAUCGUCGACUGAGAUAAGGAAACGACUGGGGGCAUACUGCAAUGAGUUCAUUCAAAACUGUCACAACACACUGAUGAAUUCCAUCUGGCGCGACAUCCGGGCGCAGCGGGACAAUGUGCUUGAGACCGACACGUUCAACUUCAUGUGGGUGAUGCACUUCUUCCUGGUCUACCACCGGAAGUCAUUCUCCAAGAAAGAUUUGACGGACAAGAAGUUCUCAGUGGCCGAAUUGGGCGUGGUGAUCGACACAUCUAUGUACAAGUUCUUACUGGAGAAACUCAAUGAAUUCGCUGCCAAUGUACGCGCACACAAGGACAACAAGACCAAAGACCUGUGGGGUUGGAGGCACACGAUUGCCAUGCGGGCGUUGCACGAACAGAUCCAAUACAUCACCUGCAUGGAAAAAUACGGCAGCCAAGACCUGAUCGAUGCCGCAAGCAGUCUGAAACAGAACAUCAUUUACGAGCAUCAAUUGAUCCACGACUGCGUAGCGAUGAUUAAAGCCUACAACCCCAAAAUACACGCGAGUACCUUCCUGUCCGAAGUGGUGGGCCUCACGCAUACAGUCAUCCGGCUAUUCGAAACGUGUGUGGAGGAUCAGAAGCAAGUUUACGUCAAGCGGAAGUCCAGGAAAAAACAGCAGAAGGCAGCUUCGACAGAUGGGGCCACCAUGGCUCAAGAAGAAGAUGAGGAGGACUCUCACAAUGCACAAGUCUACAACGAACUUGUGUUCGACUUCAAGAAGGAAUUGCUUGAGUUUUGCCACCCCAAAGUCAUCAACGUCUAUCUACUACUGGUGGAAAGCUACAAAACAAACGGUGUGAUGGUAAAUCAUUACGUGACCAAGAUGCUGCACCGGAUCGCCGUGGGGUGUGACCUGAAGGGACUGUUCUACCGACUGUCGGUUCUGAAGACUAUGAACAUGGUGCUAUCCGACGGCUCCAUCAAGAAGGACAAGGAGUUCAAUGAACUGCGUGGCUUCCUAAAGUUUCUCGUUGCCUCAUACCGUAUGGCCUUGGAGAAGAACCCCUUUCUGGGACUAGAGGCGCUAUUCGAAAGCACACGACGGCACGCAAUGCUGUUCGAUAUGGGUAAGUAG